AUGGCGAGCGGCUGGGACGUGCGGCCGCCUUGGCGGCUGGGGCGCCUUCCGCUGCUGCUGUACCUGGUGCUGCUGAGGAGCCCGGUCCAGGCGGCGCACAUCAAGAAGGCGGAGGCGACGACGACGACGACCAGCGCGGGCGCUCCGGCGGCUGAGAGCCAGUUCGACCACUACUACCACGAAGAGGAGCUGAGCUCGGUGCUGAGGGAGGUAGCGGCGGCGGGGUCCCCGGGCCUCACUCGCCUCUUCAGUAUCGGCCGCUCGGUGGAGGGCCGGCCGCUGUGGGUGCUGCGCCUCACGGCCGGCCUCGAGCCGCCGCCCCCUGACGGCGACACGGGGCCCGAUGCGGCGGGGCCGCUCCUGCCGGGCCGGCCUCAGGUGAAGCUCGUGGGCAACAUGCACGGCGACGAGACCGUAUCGCGCCAGGUUCUGGUCUACCUGGCCCGCGAGCUGGUGGCUGGCUACCGCCGCGGAGACCCGCGCCUCGUCCGCUUGCUCAACACCACCGACGUGUACGUGAUGCCCAGCCUCAACCCCGAUGGCUUUGAGCGCGCCCGCGAGGGCGACUGCGGCCUCAGUGACGGCGACCCGCCGGGGCCCAGCGGCCGCGACAACAGCCGUGGCCGCGACCUUAACCGCAGCUUCCCGGACCAGUUCCGCACCGGCGAGCCCCCGGCCCUGGACGAGGUGCCGGAGGUGCGCGCUCUCAUCGACUGGAUCCGCAGGAACAAGUUUUUAAGUUUUAUACUUAACCUAGAUUUUAUGUGUCAACAGUAUUUAUUCUAUAAAUAUUUGCUCUAUAAGUAUGCCUAUGAAAUGGAGCAUAUUGUGUUAGGUGGUAUGCAGGAUUACAAUUAUGUAUGGGCCAACUGCUUUGAGAUCACAUUAGAACUAUCUUGUUGCAAGUACCCACCAGCUUCACAGCUUCGACAGGAGUGGGAGAACAAUCGUGAGUCUUUGAUCACAUUGAUUGAAAAGGUCCACAUCGGAGUUAAAGGAUUUGUUAAAGACUCAGUAACGGGAUCUGGCUUGGAGAAUGCAACUAUCUCAGUGGCUGGUAUUAAUCACAAUAUCACAACAGGCAGAUUUGGUGAUUUCCACAGAUUACUUGUUCCUGGAACAUAUAACCUUACAGCAGUUUUAAUUGGGUAUAUGCCACUGACUUUUAAUAAUGUAACUGUGAAAGAAGGACUAGCUACAGAGGUGAAUUUUUCCCUUCGGCCAACUGUGACUUCAGUAAUUCCAGACACAACUGAGGCUAUAGCAACUGCAAGCACGGUUGCUACACCUAAUAUUCCUCCUGGAACAUCAUCCUCACACCAGCCAAUUCAGCCAAAGGACUUUCACCACCACCAUUUCCCUGAUAUGGAAAUCUUUUUGAGAAGGUUUGCCAAUGAAUAUCCUAACAUCACUCGGCUUUAUUCAUUGGGAAAAUCAGUAGAGUCAAGAGAACUUUAUGUGAUGGAGAUAUCUGAUAAUCCUGGUGUUCAUGAGCCAGGUGAACCAGAAUUUAAAUACAUUGGAAAUAUGCAUGGAAAUGAAGUAGUUGGAAGAGAACUAUUACUGAACCUCAUUGAAUACCUUUGUAAGAACUUUGGAACAGACCCUGAAGUAACAGAUUUGGUUCGUAGCACUAGAAUUCACCUUAUGCCAUCCAUGAAUCCUGAUGGAUAUGAAAAGGCCCAGGAAGGAGAUUCAAUAAGCGUAAUUGGCAGAAACAACAGCAAUAACUUUGACCUGAACCGAAAUUUCCCAGACCAGUUUGUUCAGAUCACAGAUCCUACCCAACCAGAAACUAUUGCUGUGAUGAGCUGGAUGAAAGCGUAUCCAUUCGUACUGUCAGCAAAUCUGCAUGGAGGUUCUUUGGUGGUGAACUACCCUUAUGAUGAUGAUGAACAAGGGCUCGCAACAUACAGUAAAUCACCAGAUGAUGCUGUGUUUCAACAAAUAGCACUUUCUUAUUCCAAGGAAAAUUUCCAGAUGUUUCAAGGCAGACCUUGCAAGAAUAUUUAUCCUGCUGAAUAUUUUCCCCAUGGGAUAACAAAUGGAGCUAAAUGGUACAAUGUCCCAGGUGGUAUGCAGGACUGGAACUACUUACACACAAAUUGCUUUGAAGUGACUAUUGAACUAGGUUGUGUGAAAUACCCACUUGAGAAAGAACUGCCAAAACUUUGGGAACAGAAUCGAAGAUCUCUAAUCCAGUUCAUGAAACAGGCUCAUCAAGGUGUAAGAGGAUUUGUUCUAGAUGCCACAGAUGGCAGGGGUAUAUUAAAUGCUACCAUUAGUGUUGCUGAAAUUAAUCACCCAGUAACUACUUACAAAACUGGAGAUUACUGGCGUCUCUUGGUUCCAGGAAGUUAUAAAAUCACAGCAUCUGCUCGAGGGUAUAAUCCAGUUACCAAGAAUGUGACCGUAAAGAGUGAAGGUGCCAUUCAGGUCAACUUCACACUUGUUCGAUCUUCUACAGAUUCAAACAAUGAAUCAAAAAAAGGGAAGGGGGAUAGCACCAACACUGAUGAUGCCAGUGAUCCAACUACUAAAGAGUUUGAAACUUUAAUUAAAGACCUUUCAGCUGAGAAUGGUUUGGAAGACCUCAUGCUACGCUCCUCUUCAAAUCUAGCUCUCUAUCGAUACCAUUCAUACAAAGACUUAUCAGAAUUUCUGAGAGGACUUGUAAUGAACUAUCCACAGAUUACAAAUCUUACCAGUUUGGGACAGAGUGCUGAAUAUCGUCACAUAUGGUCCCUUGAAAUCUCCAAUAAGCCCAAUGUGUCUGAACCUGAAGAACCAAAGAUUCGUUUUGUUGCUGGUAUCCAUGGAAAUGCUCCAGUUGGAACUGAACUGCUUUUGGCUCUGGCAGAAUUUCUCUGCCUGAACUACAAAAAAAAUCCAGCUGUUACCCAAUUGAUUGACAGGACUAGAAUUGUGAUUGUCCCUUCCCUAAAUCCAGAUGGGCGAGAGAGAGCACAAGAGAAAGACUGUACUUCAAAGAUAGGACAAACAAACGCUCAUGGAAAAGACCUGGAUACAGACUUCACAAAUAAUGCUUCUCAGCCUGAGACUAAAGCCAUCAUUGAAAAUUUGAUUCAAAAACAGGACUUCAGUCUUUCUGUUGCUUUAGAUGGUGGUUCUGUGCUGGUUACAUACGCAUAUGACAAGCCAGUACAGACAGUAGAAAACAAAGAGACUCUGAAGCACUUGGCAUCUCUUUAUGCAAAUAAUCAUCCAUCGAUGCACAUGGGUCAGCCCAGUUGCCCAAAUAAAUCAGAUGAGAAUAUUCCAGGAGGAGUAAUGCGUGGAGCUGAAUGGCACAGUCACCUGGGCAGCAUGAAGGAUUACAGUGUCACCUAUGGCCACUGUCCAGAAAUCACAGUGUAUACCAGCUGCUGCUACUUUCCUAGUGCUGCACAGCUCCCUUCCUUGUGGGCAGAAAAUAAAAAGUCUCUUCUCAGCAUGUUAGUUGAGGUUCACAAGGGAGUUCAUGGAUUUGUUAAAGAUAAGAGUGGAAAACCAGUCUCUAAAGCAGUCAUUGUCCUCAAUGAAGGAAUCAAAGUACACACAAAAGAGGGAGGGUACUUUCAUGUGCUGUUAGCCCCCGGUUUCCAUAACAUCAAUGCUAUCGCUGAGGGAUACCAGCAGCAACACUCACAGGUCUUUGUGCAUCAUGAUGCAGCUAGUUCUGUGGUAAUAGUCUUUGACACAGAUAACCGGAUAUUUGGUUUGCCAAGGGAACUUGUGGUAACUGUAUCAGGUGCCACUAUGUCUGCAUUGAUCCUAACAGCUUGCAUUAUUUGGUGCAUCUGCUCAAUCAAGUCUAACAGACACAAGGAUGGCUUUCAUCGACUCAGACAGCAUCAUGAUGAGUAUGAAGAUGAAAUUCGCAUGAUGUCAACGGGCUCAAAGAAAUCCCUCUUAAGCCAUGAGUUCCAGGAUGAAACGGACACUGAAGAGGAAACAUUGUAUUCCAGCAAACAUUGA